AUGAAUAGUAAGUUUUCUUCUGAUGAAAAUAAUGGGGAGACGACAACAACUGAAACAGGAAAUACAAAUGCAACUGAAGUGGACAAGUCAAAGCAAUUUUCAGAUGCUGGUGAAUUCUCAGAACAUGGUACUAAGACACAAACUGUUUCUGAGUGUGAGGAAGAAAGCAAUAAAUUAGAUUCAACUAAUGAAGAUAUCCAAAUUGCAAUCAAAAAUGGAGCAAAUGCAUAUACACCUGCAUCUAAGAAGCAUAUCUCUGAGGAGGAAAAUAUAGCAUUCCAGAACCAAACUGUUGCAGAUAAAACUGAAACAGAUACGGAAAAACCUGAGAGAGAAAAUGAUCAAAAUAGUUUCAAUAAAAGAAAGAAAACAAUUAAUAGUGGGAAGCGAGACCAUGUUGUAUCUGAUUCUGACAGUGAUUAUGAUGUACCGUUAGCUAAAAGCAUGAAGGUGAGGGAAAAGAUAAGAAAAUCUCUUUUCUCAUCACAUAGAAAUGAUGCUAUGUCCCACCAGUCAAAAAUAUCUGACUCAGAUAGUGAUUAUGACCUACCACUAGCAAAGACUUUUACUAAAAAGAAUAAAAAACACAGUGAAAAACAACAACUAAAUUUACAAGACAGCGAAAGUGGGCUGAGUGAUGAUUCAGCAAAAGACCCUAACUUUAAGUUAGAAAAAUGA